UCCAGCUGAGCAAAAAGAAUUUCACCUGCGUGUAAGAGAGCUUGAACAGAUGGUUCCAAAGUUAAUGUCCAGAAAGGCAGAGUUUAUAGAAGCCAAGGCUAAAGAAAGUGCUGGAAAAACUUUAAGUACGUCUUCCAUCAGCUACCCAACAUCAGUUAUCAAAUUGAAGCCAACCUCACUCCCCAAAUUUACUGGCGUCAGGCGCGAUUUUCAUCGCUGGAGAAGAGAUUGGGAGGCUCUUCAGAGUCAAGGAGAACCCACGGGGUCAAAAGAAGUGAAAAAGUUUCAGCUCAUUGACAGUUUAGAUGAAAAAAUAAUAAGAGACCUUCGACUGGUAACCUACAAAACAGCAGAUGACAUUUUUCGUGUACUAGAAAACAGGUUUGGAUGCCAAUCAGCUAUUGCUAUUGAAAUAAUUGAAGAGCUUCAGAGACUUCCUCCUGUCAAAAGUCACCAGCCUAAGAAAAUUGUUGAACUGAUCCAAACUAUUGAAAAAGCCCUUGAUGACCUCAAUGACCUUGGUGACAGUGGCGCUUUAAAAAAUCCUCUUGUGACAAAGUCAAUUGAGAGCAAACUCCCUGAUGGGUUAAAGAAAGAAUGGCUUCUCUAUGCUGCAGAGAGAAGUACUAAAUCAGAGAAGCGCUUUGAAGAUCUUCUGGACUUCCUCAAGAGUCAGGAAAGCAUCUAUGAACAGCUUGACCAACUAAAGAAUGAGGAUCCAGUGAGGAAGGAAUCUCGACCAGAGCAGAGGCAAGCAAGGACUAGAAUCGCAAACCAAGCAAGUAGCCCUCCCUCAGGAGAAGAAGGAUGCAGUACGGAAAAUGGGAGCAUGUUGGAGAUGUCUGGACAUCCACAAUCCUGGUGAUUACUGCAAAACUUUUUUCUUGUGCAAAAAUUCUGAGUGUGAGAAAAGGAGGGACACGGACCAUCACUAUCAUCUGUGUCCAAAUGCUGAAACAUCUAGAGGCAGCACAACUCAAAGGAGAAGCAGAAGUGGAACAGUGGGAGGUAGAAAUACAAGAAAUUACACUGAAGCCCAAGAAGAAUUUGUGAAAAAACUCCCACCAGAACUAGCCCAACAAUGUCAGAAUGUAUUUUGUAACACAACGUCAAGGGUUUCCCAUG